AUGAACUUCCUCCGACGCCGUCUCUCCGACAGCAGCUUCAUGUCCAACCUGCCCAAUGGCUACAUGACAGAUCUCCAGAGGACGGACCCACCUGCUCCUCCUCCCCCCACCGCCACCUCCCCUUCCCAACUAGGUGCGCCCCUAGCCGCGGCGCCCGCCCCUGCCCUGUCCCCGACCAAGGCUCCACCACCGUCCCAAGCGCCAGCCAGCUCCCCCGCAGCUCAGGAGCGCCGCGCAAGCCAGCCGGUUCAGCAGCUUCAACAGGCCCAGUCCUCCUCCUCAGGUGGUUCUUCUGGCUUCUUCAGCUCCUUCAGCUCCAUCACCAACGCGGUCAAACAGACGGCCGCGUCCGCCGCCGGGUUUGUGGAGCAGUCUGCUCCCUCUCCCUCGCUCUCCAAGAAGUUUAAGAUCCUGUUGGUCAUCGAUGAGCCGCAGCAUGAGUGGGCCAAAGUGUUUCGGGGAAAGAAGGUCCUCGGUGACUACGACAUCAAAGUGGAGCAGGCCGAGUUCUCAGAGGUCAACCUCGUCUCGCAUUCAAAUGGAACCUGCAAUGUGGACAUGCAAGCCAUCAGGAGCGGGACCAAAGUGGUCAGGUCUUUCAGGCCCGACUUCGUAUUGGUGCGCCAGCACGCCUUCAGCAUGGCCCAGAACGAGGAUUUUAGGAACUUGAUCAUCGGUCUGCAGUAUGCGGGCGUCCCAUCAGUCAACUCUCUGGACUCCAUCUACAACCUCUGUGACAAACCUUGGGCUUUCUCCCAGCUGAUCAACAAUCAGAAGAGGCUGGGUUCAGAUAAGAUCCCUCUCAUUGAUCAGACUUUCUACCCCAACUACAAAGACAUGAUUACAACACCAAGUUUCCCAGUGGUGGUGAAGAUCGGGCACGCCCACUCUGGAAUGGGAAAGGUCAAAGUGGACAAUAUGAGUGACUUCCAGGACAUUGCGAGUGUGGUGGCCAUCACUCAGACCUACUGCACCACGGAGCCAUUUAUAGACGCCAAAUACGACAUCAGGGUCCAGAAAAUCGGCGCCGACUACAAAGCAUACAUGCGAACAUCCAUCUCUGGUAAUUGGAAGAGCAACACCGGAUCUGCCAUGUUGGAACAAGUAGCCAUGACUGACAAGUAUAAACUGUGGGUUGAUACCUGCUCAGAGAUCUUCGGAGGGCUGGAUAUCUGCGCCGUCAAAGCCAUCUGUGGCAAGGAUGGUAAUGACUACAUUACUGAGGUUGUGGGUUCAUCUAUGCAGCUGAUUGGUGAUCACCAGGUAGAGGACCGCCAGCUCAUGUCAGAGGUGGUGAUGGCUAAGAUGAGCAAAGCUCUGGCUACCAGGUCUUCCAGCGCUUCCCGCUCACCUGCUCGCUCCCCUCAAGGCCAGAAGCCAACUACUGUGCAGCCCCAACAGAGUGCAGCCCUUAAGGAAGGACUGGCAGAACCAAGCAGGACCUCGGCCCAGCGCCCUCAACCUCAAGGUGCACCAGUGAAAGCACAAAGUGUGGAGAUAUCAUCAGAGUCAGCUAAGAGAGCAUCUGAACCGGUACCAAGGCCCAUCCAGGUCCAGAAACCUGGUCCAGCUCAGAGACCAGCUCAGGCUCAGAAGGGCCCAGUCCAGAGAGCCGCCUCGGUCGCAAAGCCUCCAGUGCAGAGGCCUCCCCCAAUGACGAGAGCCCCAUCCCUCGCAAAGCCGGCCCUAGAUUCUGCUUCCGCCCCUGCCCCAGCCAGAGCUUCACCAUCAUCCCCAGCUAAAGCAGCAGCAGCAGCCGCAGCAGCUCCAGGUUCUCCCCCAACCAAAGUAGCAGCAGCAGCAGCAGCUCCAGCCCAAGCCUCUCCCUCAGCCUCAGCUCCUACCACAGAGCAGCCCAAGCCCCAGCCUCAGGGCUCCCCAUCCCCAGCUCCUGGCAAACCAAAAGAGCUACCACCCAAACCCACACCACCUGCAAAGCCCAUCCCUCCUUUACGCAGGAAUUCAAAGCCGCAGAUCCAGCCAAAGCCACAAACCCCGCCUCCUGUCAAAGCUUUACCUAAACCCCAGCCUGCUGCCCCGGCACCCACUCAGGCAUCAGAUACUGCCACAGCCCCCGCCCCAGCACAGGUUCAGUCCCCGCCUAAUGCAGAGUCUCCUUCCCAAAACCCCGAGCCUGUCCCAGCUGAAGAUGCCGAGGCCUCCGCUGAGGCUGAGGCCGAGGCCGAGGCCCCCGUGGAUGAACAGCCAGGAUCCCAGCAAAAGGCCCAUCCUCUGCUGAAUAAGUCCCAGUCCCUGACCAAUGCCUUCAACGCCUUCAGCGACUCCUCUUUCUUCCGUGGGGCCCCGACCACCGGAGGUGACGGUCAAGACGAGGCCAAGGCCGAGACCAUUCGCAACCUUCGAAAGUCCUUCGCCAGCCUUUUCUCUGACUAGACACAGCCCAAACCGUAGUCAGCCCCCUUAUUGAUCGUGGCUCCCCCCACCCCACCCCCUUUUACUGUUGGCCAGUGAUGACUUGAUUGACAUUAAAUGUGAACCAGUCUGAGAUGAAACUUUGUGUGUUAACUGUACUGUGUUCCCUCCGUCCCGGUACCCUCCUCUCCUCCACGCUCAGCUUCUCUGUGUCAGUUGCAGUGAGGCCUGCUGGGAUGUUCAAAGAAAGAUGCUGUGCCAGAACAAUUGGACUGAAGGAGUUACGUCAUUGAUAUAAACUAGAAUAGGAUGGAAAAGAAUAGAAUAACAAAAUAUUUAUUUUUCCCAGAGCUCACUUCUGAAGUAUAUAAAAAGAAGAAUAUUACAGACUACAGAUGGAAUGUACAUACAGUAUAUAUAUUUAUAUAUACGACUAUAUAUACAGUAUAUGAAUACAAACAUAUAUAAGCAGAAGGGAGAUAAGCCAAUGAUAGAACAACAAUUACAGUUUCCAAAUGAGCUUCUGUCAGUGACAUAACUCUUUCAUUCAGUGGCUGGAUUCAUACACUGAUUCUUUACAUUCUAUGCUGGAAAAAGUGAAUCAAUGUUGGUCAGUAAGUGAAAGUACGUGAGUAAAAAAAGAAAAUACUACUUUAAGAGUUUGUUCUUGUGUAAAUCCAGCCGUUGUGUCUCUGGUUCUUGGCUACUGACUACUGUGCUCGUCAUUACUGCCCUUUUUUUUGUCUACAUGCAAGUUCAUUGUCAUGUGAGGGAGUCGGAAAUAUGUGUACAUGUGUUCAUCCGUGUCCAAUUGUUAUGCAUGGCUCCUCCAAGUGGCUCGGUGUGACUUUUGGAGCAGAAGGUGUGCUCUCUCUGUGUUGAGCCCUCCGUUGCCUCUCUCUCACACACUGUCUCUCUCUCUCUCUCUCUCUCUCUAGAUGUUGUAGCCUUAUUGUGAACAUGUUUUCAAUUCAGCUACGUGUGUUAGCUGUGCAGACGUGGGUCGAUUACAACUGGAGAUUCAUUCAUUUACCUCAAGUGUUUGAUUAACUUGAGGGGAAAGAUUAAUUGCAACUGUUUUGGGAGCAUUGGUGCAGCAGACUGAAUAAAUCAAUCCUGAAUGGUAACUGAAUGCAUUUCAUAGAGUAAAAAGACUCUGACUGCUGUGACUGGUGAUUUCUUGUUUCACCUCUGUGUAGAUCGAUCAACAGUAUUGUAAUUUGUUGAUUAUUCUCAUGAAAAAGACAUUGAGACAGUAGUGCAAUAACACCUCGACGUGACUGUUGAGUGCUGUCACCCUAUUAUAAAUAUAAAUAUGAUCAUACAUACAGGACCUGUGUAUCUGUUGAAUACCUUACUCUUACAUUCCCUUUAAGAUUCCUUUCAAUCUCGACUUCCCAGGUUGCUUUUUACCGCAGUCAGACGCUGGGUUUCAGUUCAAUAUGCCAUGUUAAACGGUUGGUUUCUGUGAUUAAUCCUGUUUGUGUUGUGAGACUGAAUUUAAGGCAACCAGGAAUGAACCCAGUACCUUGACUGGUCAUUUUCAACUGAGUUGCUUCAUUGCAAGUUCAUAUGUGUAAAGAAAAAAAGAAAAUCAAGAAUUAAGAAUCUCAUAUCAACCCGUCUGCUUAUCCAUUUCCAGUACUAUGUUGCAAGUAAAUUAUAACAUAUUGUAUUUGUAUGUAAGUGUCAUCUCAGGAGUUUAUUUUUUGUAAUAUAUUGAUUGAUUGAUUGAUUUAUAUUUUUGAGGCUCCAUAUUUAUGGUACAGUAUGUAUUGUUUGUUUUGUAUUGUGUUUUUAUUUGUGACGCAAUACUGCUUUGCAUGAUCUAGUGACUGAUGUUUCUUUUCUGUACAGUUAAUAAAGAUGUGGUUCCAUCAUUCCACUGAUUCAUUAAGUAAAAUCCA